AUGGCGUCCCGGAGACUAGCUUUGAACCUCUCGCAGGGCCUGCGCAACAGGGCGGCGCUCACCAGGACCGCUCCUCUGACGAGAGGUUUUGCCUCGCCUGCGCCUGGCAAGACCCAGACGACCACCCUCAAGAAUGGCCUGACAGUCGCUACUGAUUACUCGCCAUGGUCCCAGACCUCGACUGUCGGCAUGUGGAUCGACGCCGGUUCCAGGGCCGAGACUGACGAGAACAACGGCACUGCUCACUUCCUCGAGCACCUUGCCUUCAAGGGCACCUCCAACAGGACGCAGCAGCAGCUCGAGCUCGAGAUUGAGAACAUGGGUGGUCACCUGAACGCCUACACCUCGCGCGAGAACACCGUCUACUUCGCCAAGGCCUUCAACUCCGAUGUUCCCCAGUGCGUCGACAUUCUCUCCGACAUUCUCCAGAACUCCAAGCUCGAGGAGUCUGCCAUUGAGCGUGAGCGCGACGUCAUCCUCCGCGAGUCUGAGGAGGUCGAGAAGCAGCUCGAAGAGGUCGUCUUUGACCAUCUGCACGCCACCGCCUUCCAGCACCAGCCCCUCGGCCGCACCAUCCUCGGCCCUCGCCAGAACAUCCGCGACAUCACCCGCACCGAGCUCACCAACUACAUCAAGAACAACUACACCGCUGACCGCAUGGUUCUCGUUGGCUCCGGUGGUGUCCCCCACGAGAAGCUCGUCGAGCUUGCCGAGAAGAACUUCUCCAACCUGCCCGCCCAGAGCGCCCACAACCAGGCCUACCUUCUGUCCAAGCAGAAGGCCGACUUCAUCGGCUCUGAUGUCCGUGUUCGUGACGACCAGAUCCCCACUGCCAACAUCGCCAUUGCUGUUGAGGGUGUCAGCUGGAACGACGACGACUACUACACGGCUCUCGUCGCUCAGGCCAUCGUCGGCAACUACGACAAGGCCAUGGGCAACGCUCCCCACCAGGGCAGCAAGCUCAGCGGCUUCGUCCACCGCAACAACCUGGCCAACAGCUUCAUGAGCUUCUCCACCAGCUACAGCGACACCGGUCUUUGGGGUAUCUACCUCGUCACCGACCAGAAGGAGCGCGUCGACGAUCUCGUCCACUUCGCCAUCCGCGAGUGGAUGCGUCUCGCCUCCAACGUCAGCGAGGCCGAGACGGAGCGCGCCAAGGCCCAGCUCAAGGCUUCGAUCCUCCUGUCCCUCGACGGCACCACCGCCAUUGCCGAGGACAUUGGCCGCCAGCUUAUCACCACCGGCCGCCGCGCCAGCCCCGGCGAGAUUGAGCGCAUCAUCGACGCCAUCACCGAGAAGGACGUCAUGGACUUUGCCAACAGGAAGCUCUGGGACCAGGACAUCGCCGUCAGCGCGGUAGGAAGCAUCGAGGGUCUCUUCGACUACCAGAGGUUGAGGAACACCAUGAAGCCCAAGUUCUAA